AUGGGCCUCCAAAACACCAUGCCCCUUGGGGUUCUUAUAUGGAUCUUAGCUACUGGAUAUGGUUCCUCAGCACAAAAUGCUAGCAACCCUAUGCAUAACAAUCGUGUUUGUAGUACAUGGGGAAAAUACCACAUCAAGAUGUUUGAUGGAGAGGUCUACCAGUUUCCUGGAACCUGCAACUAUGUGCUGACCUCUCAGUGCGGGAGUGCCUAUGAAGAUUUCAACAUUCAAAUCCGGAGAACUAUUGUGAAUAACCAACCUUGGAUAAGCCAUGUAACCAUGAAGCUGGAUGGGACAGUUGUAGAAUUAAGCAACGGCACCAUUUCUGUAAACAGCAAACCGAUUUCACCACCCUAUAGUCAGUUGGGAGUCCAAAUUGAAGAGAGCAGUUUGUACAUCAAAGUCACGGCUAAAUCAGGUGUUAUGGUCAUGUGGAAUGGAGAAGAUGCACUGAUGGUGGAAAUGCCAGAAAAGUAUAUGAAUGAGACAUGUGGGCUUUGUGGUGAUUUCAAUGGCAUUGAAAACAAUGAUGGUUUUUAUGUAAACGGUUUAAAAGUGAGUCCAAUUGACUUUGGUAACUUUCAGAAGAUGGAUGGGCCAAAAGAAACAUGUGAAGACGUUGUUCCUCCACCAGUUAGCAAUAAGACACAGAAUAUGCAACCCCUCUGUGAGCAGAUUCUCUCGAGCCCAGUUUUUGCUGGAUGCAAUGCCCUGGUGUCCAUUGACCCUUUUGUCCAGGCCUGUGUGAAGGAUAUGGUCGACUGCGUCAAAGACAAGAAUUCUUCCUGUUUGUGCUACACUGUUUCUGAAUACACAAGGCAGUGCACACAUGCUGGUGGGCAGCCGCAGAACUGGAGAACAGCAGAAUUCUGUCCUAAGAAAUGUCCCCAAAACUUGGUUUACAGUGAAUGCGGCAGUCCCUGUAUCAAUACUUGUUCCCAUCCUGUACAAAACCAGCUUUGUGCUCAGCAUUGCACUGAUGGCUGCUUCUGCCCUCCAGGAACGGUCUUUGAUAACAUCUCCAAAAAAGGUUGCAUUCCUGUAACAAAGUGUUCCUGUACCCACAAUGACAAAGUAUACUUGCCUGGUGAAUCAUAUUCCAGAAAUUGUCACCGCUGCACCUGUGCUAGAGGUCUAUGGAACUGUGAAGAUUUGGAGUGUCCCGGGACAUGCGCCGUAGAGGGCGGCUCUCACAUCAAUUCUUUUGAUGGGACACAGUUCACAUUCCAUGGAGAUUGCACCUACUUACUAUCUAAGGACUGUGUAGGAAACAGCUUUGUGAUUCUAGCUGAGAUUGUGAAGUGUGGAGUAGCAAACACAGAGACUUGUCUAAAAUCUGUGACUCUCUCCAUGACCAGAAUGAACCAGGUUUUUCUGAUUAAUCCAAACGGAGAGGUGUAUGUGAAUGGAAUAUUCUCCCAGCUGCCGCUCAACACAGCAAACUUCACCGUAUUCAUGCCAUCAACUUUCCACAUGAUCAUUGAUACAUCCUUUGGUGUGCAGCUUCAGAUCCAGUUAAUCCCACUGAUGCAGGUCUAUGUUACUUUGGAUGCAUCUUUCAAGAGUCAGACCUGUGGGCUUUGUGGUAAUUUUAAUAACGUCCAGGCUGAUGAUUUCAACACUAAUAGUGGUGUAGUGGAAGGAACUGCGUCAGCUUUUGCCAACACUUGGAAGACCAUGGCAACCUGCUCAGAUGUGGCAGACAACUAUGAGGAUCCCUGCAGUCAAAGUGUUGAAAAUGAAAAGUUUGCAAAACACUGGUGUUCCUUGCUGUCAGAUCCCUCUGGACCAUUUGCUCCAUGCCAUGAUAUGGUUGUUUCAUCAACCUAUGAAAAAACCUGCAUGCAUGAUGUUUGCACCUAUGAACAAAGUGAAGACUUAAUGUGUGCUGCUGUUUCCUCAUAUGUGAGAGCAUGUGCUGUCAAGGGAGUGCUCCUGAAUGGCUGGAGGUCAAAUAUCUGCAUGAACUAUUCCACAUCAUGCCCAGAGACAAUGACCUAUAGCUAUAGCAUGACAAGCUGUGGCCGUACCUGUCGGUCCCUCAGUGAACCAGACCCUGCCUGUAAUGUACAAUUUGUACCUGUGGAUGGCUGUGGAUGCAAGGAGCGGACCUACAUGGAUGAUUCUGGCAAGUGUGUCCCCGAAUCUAAUUGCCCAUGUUAUAGCAAAGGCGUCCUUGUGAAGGCUGGAGAAGUCGUCACUAAGAAUGGAGUCAUGUGCACUUGCAGCCAAGGAAAACUGAGGUGCAUGGAAUCAAAUAAGCCAAGUAUUGUCUGUAAGAAACCAAUGCAAUACCUGAACUGUUCCAACAUCCGCCCUGGAUCUCCUGGAUCUGAGUGCCAAAAGAGCUGCCAGACACUACACAUGGAAUGUUACAGCAAGGCAUGUGUCUCAGGAUGUGUAUGCCCUGAUGGCCUGGUGUCCAACGGUCAAGGGUGUAUUCCUGCCUCCCAGUGUCCUUGUAUCCAUAAUGGAAUCACAUACCAGCCUGGGCAGAAGAUACAAGUGGACUGCAAUACUUGUACCUGUAAUGAGCGGAAAUGGAACUGCACAAAUCAGCAGUGUUAUGGUUCCUGUGUCAUCCAGGGAGAAGGGCACUACCUGACUUUUGAUGGGAAACGAUUCAGCUUUAACGGCAAUUGUGAAUACACCAUUGUUCAGGAUUACUGUGGGAACAAUCCAGACAAGGGUACUUUCCGUGUGAUUACAGAGAAUAUCCCCUGUGGCAGCACUGGUACCACCUGCUCUAAGGCCAUCAAGCUCUUCUUGGGGCAAGAUGAAAUUAGACUGUCAGAUGGUCAGUAUGAAGUCAUCAAGAGGGACAUCAGUAUUGACCUCCCCUAUAAGAUCAGUUACAUGGGGAUGUAUCUGGUAAUGGAAAUUAAGCCCGGCCUGAUCCUUAUGUGGGACAAGAAGACCAGUGUGCACAUCAAGCUUAGUCCUUUAUUUAAGGGUAAUGUGUGUGGCCUGUGUGGCAACUUUGAUGGGAAUGCAAACAACGACUUUACCACCAGUAGCCAGUCGGUAGUGGUAAAUGCUUUGGAAUUUGGAAACAGCUGGAAGGUGUCCCCAAGCUGUCCAGAUGCUAAACUUCCUAAAGAUCCCUGCAUCUCCAACCCGUAUCGACAGUCUUGGGCUCAGAAACAGUGCAGCAUCAUCAAAAGCAAAGUGUUUGCUGCUUGCCACAGACAGGUAGACCCCACUCCUUACUAUGAUGCUUGUGUUUAUGACUCUUGUGCCUGUGACUCUGGCGGUGACUGCGAGUGCUUCUGCACAUCUGUGGCGGCUUACGCUGCUGCCUGUAAUGAAGCCAAUGUGUGUAUAUCUUGGAGAAGACCUGACAUUUGUCCACUUUUCUGUGAUUACUACAAUGGUCCUGAUCAGUGUGAGUGGCACCACAAACCGUGUGGAGGCCCCUGCAUAAGAACUUGCCGAAACCCCAAUGGGACAUGCUCCACACAGAUCCCAAGACUUGAAGGCUGCUAUCCAAAGUGCCCAUUGAAGAAACCUUUUUUUGAUGAAGACACCAUGCAGUGUGUGGCAAGGAAAGAUUGUGGCUGUUAUGAUCAAAAAGAUCAUCACUACCGUAUUGGAGAAAGUGUACCGUCCACUGAGAACUGUCAAUCCUGGUAG